UUGUUGAUGAAUUAAUAUUUCCUGAAGAUGAAAUCUCUGAUAGCAGCAUCGUUACUGCUGCUUGGAGUCACCGCAUCGGUGGAAGCCUCCCACAAUGGCCUAGCAUUGACCCCGCCCUUGGGAUGGAAUUCAUGGGAGAGGUUCCGAUGUAAUCUUGAAUGCGACGUGGACCCCGAGAAUUGCAUCAGUGAGCGUCUGUAUGCAGAGAUGGCAAAGGUCAUAGCUACCGAGGGCUACAAGGAGGCGGGUUAUGAGUACGUCUGUAUGGACGACUGCUGGAUGUCCACUGCGCGGGAUGCCCAGGGAAGACUCCAACCGGAUCCUAAGAGGUUCCCUAGCGGACUGAAGAAUCUAGCUAACUAUGUCCAUUCACUGGGGCUGAAGUUAGGAAUUUACCAAUCGAUGGGCCUCCAUUCCUGCGAGAAAUACCCUGGCAUUGCGGGCCACAUUGACAUAGACGUCCAGACCUAUGCUGAGUGGGGCAUAGACUUGGUCAAGAUGGAUACCUGCUAUAACCUGGGUAAAGAGAAAAUGAUAGAAGGUUUUAUAAACAUGUCCUAUGCCCUCAACCACAGUGGGAGACCCAUUUUGUUCUCAUGUGAAUGGGCACGUGCAUAUGGUGGGCCCAACUUCACGGAGAUCGCGGAGUACUGCAACUCCUUCCGAAACAUCGGGGACAUCCAAGAUACCUGGGAUCGGGUCCUAAGCAUCAUUGACUGGUUUGCUGAAAAUCAGGCCGUGCUGUACAAAGCGACUGGACCAGGGGGCUUUAACGAUGGUGACUUUAUCAUAGCCGGUGAUUUCUCCCUGAGCACAACUCAAGCCCAGUCCCAGUUUGCCAUGUGGACGAUGAUGAAUUCUCAAAUCUUCCUGUCCAGUGACCUUCGAACUCUUGACCCCGAGGCCAAAGCCAUUGUCCUGAAUCCCGAGAUCUUAGCGGUCAGUCAGGACAAGCUGGGCAAGAUGGGCCAGCGCAUCCACAAGGAAUCUUCAUUUGAAAUCUGGACCAAAGAGCUCGUCGGCGACGCUUACGCGGUGGUCUUUUUCAGCCGAGCAACCGACAUGCCCCACAACCGCACCACCACCAUGAAAACCCUCGGCUUCCCAGACGCGAGCGGGUACUCCGUACGCGAUCUGUUCGCCCGGAAAGAUCUGGGAUUCUUUGAGCCGGAGAAAAUAUUGAGUGUUAUCGUUGAUCCCAGCGGUGUUGUGGUGAUCAAAGCAACACCAAAGACACGGGUGAAGAAAGGUUUCCAUGGGAACAAUAACAAAUCAGUCAUCAAAAAUUAAUACAGCUCUUUAUCAGAAUUCCAACAUUCACCUCUUCAUUAGAUGUAAGACUCAGAGAUUGGAUCAGUACGUUGCAUUUAUUCCAAAAGUAACCUACUGAAAUAUUAUCAAAAAGCUUACUUGGAUUGAAGAUUGUACUGGUUCUCAAAACAAUACGUGAAAUUAUUCCAUCUGGCUUGCUGUCAUGUAGAAGAAAUCGAGAAAUGUAGGCGAUUUCCAGUAAUCAGUCAAUUAACUGAUUGUUGGAAAUCGAGCUUUAUAGAUGAACUCAUGUUUCCUGAUCAAAAGGUUGCGCACUUUUUUUUCACUGUUUUCCCAAAGGGUGUAAUAUGCACUGAGCUGAACUUAGGUUAGGUUUUGAACAUUCUUCUUUGGAUUUUGAGUGGUGUUAAUAUUGGAACAAACAAAAGGCAUGGGAAAGCUAAUAAUCCUAGAUGUUCAAGGAAUGUGCAAUUGUCUUGCAUUUUGGAGGAUUUGAGAAGUAUUCUAACAAAAAUACUAGAGUUAGGGCUAAUGGCAAUCCAUGUAGGCAUGUGGCAAAACGUUUAUUCAGUUAUUAACAAAAUGUAGUAAAAAGAACUUAUUUGUGUAUUUUGGUAGUGGGAUUAAUUGAUCGAUUGAAACAUAUGACAAUCAAUGAAAUUUGUGGAUUUAAAACAUUAAUAGGCACAUGCUGAAAUAAGGUAAAGUUAAGAUUCGGUGAGCUAAAUUUGUAUUACAGAAUGAACUAAGUAAAUGUGCUUUCUUGUGAAGCUCUUAAUGAGCCAAUAAAUUACAAGCCAUUUGAUACUUUUUUAUGUUUUGCUUGCUCAAAGUGCAGACAGAUGUAAGUAUUCAUUCAGAUUUAACAAAUUAUUUUAAUAAUAAUAAUAAUGAUUAACAUUUAUAUUUGCAAAGAAAAACUGUCCUUAUGGUAGCUCUAUGUGUUGAAAUUUUUAGGAAUGGAUGUGGCCUUAUUAAAGAAAAUAAGCUUCAGUUAAGAUAGGAAAUAUUUUAAUAUUCUAUCCCAGCCGAAAAAAAAUCAAGUACAAUUUUUGUUUUACUGAACAACUCGUGGGCAGUGUUAGUCAAUGGCGUCCACAUGGGAGGUUCUGUCAUAAGUCAUGAAAACCGAAGGACAGUUCAUAGGGGCCAUUUCCAUGAAAUAAGUAUUGUUUUAAUGUGCUGAUUAGUAUUUCCAAUCAAUAAACAUUACUCCCAAUUACAGGAAUAA